GCGGAUCCGGGGCUGUUCCCCGAGCCGUUUCGGGGCGGUCUCGGGGCGGUUCCGUGGUCGGGGCCGGUCUCGCCAUGGCCGCCGGUGCGGGGCUGGCGCUGCUGGCCGCGCUGCUGGCGGCGACCGGGGCCGAGCGGGGCCGGAAGGUGUCCAUGCAGUAUAACCCUGGCUGGAACAGCUCCUCUGUGAACCUGCUCCACGUGCGGGCAGCCGGGCCCAGGGAUAGCCUGCACUACGUGUGGAGCAGCAUCGGAGUCCCUGCCGUGCUCCUGGUGGCCACCCAGAGCCCCAGCAGUGCCCUAAGGGUCAACUGGAGCCAGCUGCUGUCACCCAGUCCCGCUGGAGCCAUCUGGAUCGACCCUCCCGACAGCGUGGUCUAUUCUACAGCCGUGGUGUUCACCAAGCUGUUUGAGUUCAGCGAGGCCAAACCUUUGGGAGAGCUCUUCUACCCCACCUAUGACCUGGCUGAGUUCUCCUGGGACAGCCUCAACCACACCCUGAACCACACGGCGCUCACGGCCGAGCUCCGCGGAGUCCCAGCCACCGACCCUGGUGGCAGCUUCUCCAACGGCAGCCUGGCAUUCCGGGUCACAGCCUACGAGGCCGGUGGCCGUGCCGGGCGCCUGCCCAGCCUCCUGCACACGGCAGACAGCUCCCAGCUGGAAUUUGUCCUGGCUGGGGUGACCCCACGAGGAAACAGCUCCCGCUUUUUGCUGGAGGUGGCCACGGUGGAGGAGGCAGGGGCGGUGCGGAGGCUGCGGUCGGAGAGAUCCAUCGAUGAUGAGUACACCCCCACCAUCUUCGAGGUGCUGUCCCUGGUAGCUGAGUCCCAGAACAGCAGCUCCACACUUGGAUUCCUGCAGUGGAAAGCAACAGCCUACGGCUCCCGGAGCCCCCGGCGUGAGGAUGGGAUCCAGUGCCGGGCUCAGGGGCUGCAGGAGGCAAACUGGACCCUGCCUGUGUCCAGCAUUGUCCAGGCCUACUUUGGGGACAGUUUGGGCAGCACCUGCACCAUCAGCGCCCUCAAUGUGUCCUUUGGGGGAGAGGAGGCAGAGGUGUACCAGGAGAAGAGAUACCUCAGCUGGUCGUUGCUGCUGGGUUUUGGGGAGCCCCCCAGGGACACCUUCUCCCCCCUGGUGAUCUCCAUCACGGCUGUGGCACUGGGUACCCCCCUGGCCAUGCUGCUGCUGGGCAGCUGCCUGGUGCUGCUGGCUCAGAGGAGACGCUACUCAGAGUAUGAGCCCAUCAACUGAGGGGUCUGGGCCCCACCGAGACCCCCGGGAUCCUCCCCUUCCCGGGAAUGCUGCCAGGCUCCUCCUCUGCCUCGCCUCCGACCCCCGAGGGGACCAGGGUGACACUUGCAGCUGCCCCACCUCACGUCUUCCUGUGUCCUGCUCCUUCCCACUGCCAUGUCCUGCACUGGGUUGCAUUUCCUCCCCAGAUUUUUUUCCUGAUCCAUGCAGCUAAGGGAAGCGAUGCGGGGGAGUGUGGUCAGGAAAAUUCUCUUCCUCCUCCUCCCAAGGGAUACAACCACUGCUGUCCUGGCUGCAGGCCAGGGACUGGCUCCAGUACCACUUGGGUGACUCCAGCCUGGGCUGGGGAGCACCACUCCUACUUCCCAGCAAAUCCCAGCUCCUCCAGCUGGGGCUCACGGACUCCUCCCCACUCCACGUUCCUGCUGUGCUGGCUUGGGACACGAGGGACACCCACUGCCACAUCACAGCAGCUGCUCAAGCUCAGGUGUGACCUGUCGGGCCAUGGAGGGCUGGUCCAGCCAGGAUGCUGCUCCUGGAUACCCCAGGUGCUGCCCAGGUGUCAGGAGCCCUGGGCUGAGUGUGGCCUGUGGCUGCUUGGGGUUCUCAGAGCUAUCUGGGGCCAUGCUGGGCUCAAAGUUCUCCAUCACCGACUUAUCUUCAACCAAAUAAAGUGGAUUUCUAAACACA